AUGGCAACAAUAACUUAUAGUGAAAGUAUAAAUAUAGAACGAGAAAAAGCAAAUUUACUUUGUUUAAUUAAAUUGACAUUGAAUACAUUAAUUGAUCAAUCAUUUUCAGCAACUUCAUUACCGGUUUUGGAUGAUCGUAAUAUUGAUGUGAUUAAUUUUAUUGUAACACUUGAACGUGUUCUUGGUUUUCGUAUGCGAGCGACUUGGUUAUCAGAACGACAUUAUUUUUGGGAUUUUAUCCGACCAGCAUGUAUUGGUUCUUGUCGACAGUCUAUCAUUGAACGUGUAGAAGAAAUAUCAAAUACGGGUAGUUUAAAAGAGAAGGGUCGAGCAUGGAUCAAAUUGGCAUUAAUGGAGAAACAACUUUCGGAACUUUUAAAACUCGUUAUUUCUGAUUGUCAUCUUGUUCAGAAAUUCUAUCACGAUGAUUCAAUUAUGAUGUCAUCACAAGCAUUGAUUCUAUGUAAUCAAUUAGCUGGAUUAAAUACAAUUGAUUUUAGUUUUUGUUUUAAACAAGAUACUCUAAUAAUUGCUCCUGUAUUAUUAAAUGAUGCUGAAAUCGAUGUAAUUGAUUUAACACCAUUUUUAUGUUUUAAAUCAAGACAUAUUCCACAAUUACUUAAAAAUCAAAAUAGUAAUGAAGAAAAUAAACAAUCAUUACCAAUUGUAGCAAGUAUUAAUGAAUUUACAUCAUUAAAUUCAUCUGAAUGUGAAAUGGUACCAUUGGAUAAGUAUAAACUUGAAGUUGAACAACGAAAAUAUUUUGAAGAACUUCUACAACAGCGUGAUCGUGAAUUACAACAAAUUAAAAUUCGUUAUGAUACAUUAAAAGGUGAACGUGAAAGUGAAAUUAUACAAAUGGAAAAUAUUAUACUUGAACUUCAACUUGAAUUACGAGCAGCUCGAGAUGAAGCGGAACUUAAACAUAAAAGAUCUCAGCAACUAAGUUCAAUAACACCGCUUAAAAGUCUUUCUGAUUUUGAUAAUCGUAAAACAAACUCAUCAUCAUCAACACUAACUACUGAUUAUAGUGAAAAUGACGAUAAGCAAAUGCGUUCGUUUGAAAGUUCAUUGACAAGUACAGAUAAUAAAAAUUUAAAUUUACCUAUGGAAAAUAUUGAUCAAAAUCAAUCCAAUGAUAUUGUCCCUCUACCGUCUGAAUGUUUAAAUCAUUCUAUAACAAACAUCCAUCCAGAUGAUGGUCAAUGUAAACUUGCUCAUAAACUACCAUCGAAUAUCGAUAAUGAUAGUAAUCAAACAGCUACUAAAGUCAAACCAAUCUCAAGUCCAAAUAUGCUUUCAUCAUCAACAUCUCUUUCAAUUCCAUCAUCAUCAUCAUCUAAUGAUGAAGAUGAACAACAAGUGCAAACAGUAACAACAACUAUUUUCAACGAAAACAAAUUAAUUAAAAAUGAAUCUAUUCAAUCUGAACCUGAUGAAAUAACAACUAAACAAAUGCAGUCAAUAGAAGAAGAUAAUAUAAUAGUUUAG